AUGAAACGUCUCCCCUCUCUUUCGUUCAACUGGCUGACCAAACAACGCAAACCUCUAGGUUUCUUGAGAGUCAGCUGUCUUGCGCCCUCUGUGGUCGGAAAUGUGUCAACACUCUUUUCUCCUCACAAUAACAGCUGUCAUUUCACAAACGUUGGAUACAAGACCUCUCAUCGACUGCUUCACAUCAAUUCCGACCGUCCUAUGCAUGAUACAGCACCAGAAAGCAAAAAGAAUCUUGAAGAUCUUCACAUAAAAGCGUCGGAAGAAAACAAUGUACAAGCACAAGUAGAAUUGGGUGUUGCAUAUGCUACGGGAGAAAAUGGGUUGAAACAAGAUUUCUCUAAAUCCUUUCAUUAUUUAUCGAUGGCAGCGGAACAUAACCAUCCCGAUGCACUGUUUUACUUGGGUUAUUUGUUGCUUUCUCUCGGAGCAACUGGGAAGGAUGAGAACAAGGCUGUUCAUUAUUUGGAAUUGGCUGCAGAACUCAAUCAACCAGAGGCUCUCUUCUUUUUAGGCCAGAGUUAUUUGAAGGGAAAACAUGGUCUUAUUCUCGAUUACAAGAAAGGCAUGACUCUUCUUGAUCGUGCUGCGGAACUGGGUAGUGUGGACGCUUGUUUCAAUAUGGCAGUAAUCUACCAUCAUGGACUUCCAAGAUUGAUAGAGCCAGAUAUUGCAAGGGCCAUUCAGUAUUAUGAGCGAAUUGGUAACUUUCCGAACGGUGAUGCCAUUGCUCAAUUCAACCUCGGUUGUUUGUUUCGAGAUGGAGUUCAAGGAACGCUCAGUGCUGAUAAGGAAAAAGCCUUUCAAUACUACAAGUGGGCAGCCGAUCAAGGACAACCCAAUGCUCAAAGUGAGUUAGGGGAGGCCUAUCUCGUUGGCCAAGAGCCAGCCCAUACCUUAUUGGAUGCCUCUAUUGCAUUAAAGUAUUUGGAACAAGCUGCACAACAGGGAAUUGUAUCUGCUGCCUAUAAUUUAGGAGUGGCUUAUCGAGAUGGCACAAACUUACUAGUAACUACUCAAGACUAUGCCAUGGCCAUGAAAUACUUUGAAAUGGCUGCCGAGCAACAUUAUGCACCGGCUCUUUUCAAUCUUGGAGUACUCUAUUUCAAUGGAAGAGGAGCUGAAAGGAAUAUCAAGAAGGCAUUGCACUAUUUUGAACAUGCUGCUCGUCAUGAAGAUGCUGAUUCUUUGGCAGUGUUGGGAGCCAUCUACUUGGAAGGUAUUCAAGUGAAAAGAGAUUCUUUAAAAGCACUCGAAUACUUUCAAAAAGCAGCCAAAUUGGGUCAUGUAGAUUCUAGUUUUAACGUGGGACGUCUUUACGAAGAAGGAGCAGAAGGGUUUUCACCCAAUUAUGUCAAAGCAGUAGAGUAUUAUGAAUUAGCAUCAAAAUUGGGCUGUAUGGAGGCAAACUAUAACUUGGGUUGUUUGUAUGUGAACGAUGUCGAGGGAAUUCCACAAAACUUGUCCAAAGCUCGUCACUAUUUUGAACUAGCUGCCGAACACAAUGAUGCCUCUGCUCAAUUCACCCUGGGAGUCAUGUAUGAAAAUGGAGAGGGAGUGGAAGUAAAUUUAGCCAAGGCCAUGACGUACUACGAGCAAGCAGCUCAACAAAAUCAUUCCAAAGCAAAAGAGCGUUUAAGGGAUCUCAAAGAGUGGUGA